AUGGAAGCUUGUCACUCUCCAGAGCAAUUCAAUGUCACUUCAUACGCUGCCACAUCUGUGGCCAUUGUCAUCCUUGAGGCAUUUACUGGCAUGUGGAUAAAUGCUUUCAUUGUUUCUGUGAUUUGCUUGUCCUGGAUCAAAAGGAAAACCUUGAACCCUAAUGAGAAGAUCUUACUGGUUUUGGGAUCCUCCAGGUUUUGGUUUCUGUGUUUUACAUGGUUAUAUUACUUUCUUUCAACAAUGUAUCGAAAUUACCAAUUUGUUCACCCCAUAUUUCAACUACUUGCAGUUGCUCGUAGAUUUUUUAAUUGUUCCGAAGUUUCUGUGUCAGCCUGUCUUUGUGUCUUUUAUUGUAUAAAAAUUGCCAAUUUCAGGAACAGCUUCUUCAUCUACCUGAAAGUAAAAAUUGACAGGAUGGUGCCCUGGUUCUUGUUGGGGUCAGUGCUUUUCUCCCUGGUUAUUGGAAUCCUUCUCUUUGAAAUCAUUGAUAAACCUCAAUGUAACAAUUCCACUGGUCUAGAAAAUUUGUGGAAAGUGAAAAUCAAGACAGAUGAACAAUUUCUUCCUAUUUAUUUUAUCACUGGCUUUGGAUAUGCUGCUUCAUUCAUGGCAGUCAUCCUUUCUGUCCUUCUCCUUCUCUUUUCCCUCUGGAGACACAAAUGCAACAUGCAGACAAACUCCAUGAAGGACCUCAGCAUGGAUGCCCACAUCAAAGCCAUGAAAUCUAUUCUCUCCUUCUUCGUAAUGUACAACAUCAACAUUAUAUCUUUGAUUGUGACAAUAAUUUAUUCAGUGGAGGGGAAAAGUGUCAUGAUGUUUCUUAUUUAUGUAUUUCAGUAUGCUUUUCCAGGUGUUCAUUCCCUUAUUCUGAUUUUCAGCAACCCCAAGUUGAAAAACACACUGCUAAGGAUUCUGCCUUGUGUGAAGUGCAAGGUUUGCAUGAGGUAA